AAUAAUUCAACGCAGUUUUACGGAACGCACCUCACCUAGUUUUACCACCACGUUUUGAAUAACCAUGAGCCAAGCAGCGUUUUCCAACAAGGAGUUUCACGCCGCCCCCGAACGUAAAAAGUUUACUGAAAGGGUGGACUACGAGAAACCUUCUCGUGAAAUCCUCGAAGAACUUCAUCAUGGCCCCAUUUUGGCGAGCACUGUCGGUAUUACGGCCGAAGUUGUUCAGAGCCCUAGGGACCAAGCAAACUCAAGGAGUGACUCCAUGACUAGCCUGUUUGGCGAUCACGGAGAUGCGACUACUCGUGCCAAGAACAGUUGGUAGUUAUUGGCUGAAUUUGUUCAGAUAUUUUGAAUUUCUUGUGCAAUUUGUAUAGUAGGAGCAUCAUUGGUACAAAAUAUCGUGCUCGUUAUUGAUCGAGCUAUGCUCACCUCACUUGAGAUACUUUUACUGGACGACUAACUACGACAAUCUAGCUAGUAAAAGAUAAUUUCAAAGAACCAA